AUGUCUUUAAUUUCUGCAAUUUCAAACAUUGGUGGUGCUUCAACCAAGUCACUCUCAAAGUCAAACACUACCUUUGCCCAAGUUAAUUCCUCAUCAAUUGGACAAUCACCCAGCCAAUCUGCCAGUUUAAUCAACUUGAACAUCCUAGCUGAUAUUCUUGGAUUAAUUGGUAUCAAGAUUGGUGCUAGAGUACUUUAA